AUGGUCGCGCUCCUUCGGUGGCUCGUUCUCUGGCCGCUCGCUACGGUCGCGCAUCAGACCCACUUUGCGUCGCUCGACGACGUGCUCGGUGACAGCUCAACCCGCGACCUCGAUGAGGUCAAAGUGCUCAGCAUCUCGCCACCAUUGUCCUCUCGAUUCGCCAGCGCCCCCGAGCAGCUGAACGUCACGUUUCGAACCCACGGCGUCGACGUCGUCGCUCUCGUGCAGCGACACCGCGCCCUCUUCGACCCAGAAGCGCUCAUCUACGCCCACACGGGUCCCGAGUACGCGACGCUGCCCAUGGGAUCGCCCCACGACAUUGCGUACGCGGGGUCCGUCCUCAACGGCGGCUACGCCCGCCUCACGCUGCAAGACGGUCAUCGGUUCCACGCCACGCUCAAAAUGGAUGACCGUCUUUUGGUUGUCGACCUCGUUGAGCAGCACGCAGGUGCGCGAGCAUCAAAUUCGGGCAUGGUCGCGUACUAUGUACCACUUGCCGACGUCCACGUCGAGGGCCAAGACCACCGCCGGCUCGCGUGGGGCCGCAUGCAAAACUGUGGCUGGGCCGCGCAGCAGCUCCUCGUGGGUGUCGCGUCCGACGCUGGCUUUACGGCACAGCACGGCGGUGCUGCGGCGACGCAGUCGUACCUCAUUGCAGUCUACAACUCGGUCAACGGACUCUACGACGAGCAGAUUGGCGUGCACUUGGCGAUCGGAACCUUCCUCAUCGAGACCCAAGUCGGUGGACCAGAGUGGAACGUGGCGCCGGGCGGCUGCGGCGCCAACGCGGUCAUGAGCACGCACCUCGACACGAUGAAAACCUGGGUCGCAACGGGCGCGCCGCCGCUCUGUGGGUCCCAACCCUGCGGGUUGUGGCAUCUCCACACCAACUGCAACGCCGACCCGCAGUACACGGGGACGGUCGCGGGCAUCGCUUGGAUCGGGACGCUCUGCACCGGCAGCGUCGGCUACAACACGGGCGUCUCCAUCGACGGGGCGGCCGGGACGUGGAUCCUCGUUGGCCACGAGGUUGGCCACAACUUUAACGCGCAGCAUACGUUUGCCGAGGGCGGUAUCAUGAGCUACGACUGGUCGACGCCGAUGCGAUUCAUCGACAAUAAUCAAGUGUGCAGCUACGUGGCGUCCGUGCAAGCCAAGUGUCUCUCGCCCUUUCCGUCGACACCGGUGACAACACCGACACCUACAACAGCGACGCCGACACCGACCCUCACAACCGUGACACCGAAUCCCACAACAGUGACGCCGAGCCCCACGGCUGCGACGACAACGGUGACGCCGACACCGACACCGGUGACGACGGUGCCAUCGCCAACGACGGAUAGCACGCCGACGCCGAGCGUCGUGCCGCAAGAUCCGUGCGCUUGCGCAACCACCAACCUCUGUACGCAGCUCAACCGACCGGGCUGUCAAAAGCACAAGGAUCAGUUCUACUACUGCUACGUCGUCGGCUAUGCAGCGUGUGCGUCGGCGCUCCCGUCGGACGCGUGCACCAAUGCGCAAGGCAAACCUCUGUACUAUAUUACCUCCAAGGCCAGCUGCCCGGCCGUGAACGCUUCGACACCGCAACCGUCGAGCAGCACGUCAGAACCGUCAAAGACAGCGACACCGAUCCCUACCAUCGAGACGCCAGUUCCCACCACCGAGACGCCGGCUCCCACGACGCCACCGGCAACAACCAAUGGCGCGUCGUAUGUGCCGACGACCAUCGUGGCGACGACAACGGGGCCGACGCCAACCAACACGACACCGACGCCAACGAGCCGCGACGAUGCAUGCGCCUGCUCGACGACCAGUCGUUGUCCGACAAUUCCGAAUGGCGGGUGCAAGAACUUUAACGGCCAAGGCUGGUGCUACGUCAAGGACCCAUCUCGGUGCCUUGGGGCCCAGGUACUGAGCUCGAUGGACUGCCCGGGCGAGCUCUACAAGCCGUGUUCGCUCUCGAACGCAACGACGCCAUCGCCUACCACACCCCGGCCACGACCUAGCAACCCCUGCGGGUGUUCGGCAACGCCCAAGUGUCCCAGCAUCAACACCUCGGGCGGCUGCUUCCGAAACGCAUCGUCCGGCGCGUCCUUUUGCUUUGUCAACGAUCCCGCCGCAUGUCGUGCGCCAGGGACCAUUACGCUGUCGACAAAAGCAUGUCCAGGCCAAAAGCUGCGGCUCUGCACGUCGGCGUCGGCCCGCACCGAGUGGGUUUCGUCCGAGUGGUCGCAAUGCUCGACGACCUGCGGCGGUGGCGAGAAGCGGCGCGUCGUCCGCUGCAUGGACCGGCGACACACCACGACGCUCUCAUACAGCGAAUGUGCCGGCGUCAUCAAGCCCGUAACGCACAUCGGCUGCAACACCCACGCAUGUGGAGGCGCGAAUGCAACCACCACGGCCUGUGCCGGCCCCCCGAACUCGACCUGUGUGCUACGAAAGAACAAGCGCUUUUGCGACUGUGCGUGCGUCGCAGGAUUUCUCUACGAUCGCAGUCGGCGUGACUGCGUCGCCGCGCCCACCGAGAGCCGCAACGUGAGCGUAUGGAGUGUCAGUAGCUUCGAGGUGCGCUCCCACGACAUUGCGCCGCUGCCACCGACCAGCUGCAACGGGCAAGAGGCGGCGAACUCGACUGUCACCGCAGCGUGGCGGGCCAUGGUCAACGAAGACAACACGAACUCGGGGGCGGCAUCGGAUCCGUCGCCGGCGGCCGUCGUCAUGAUUGCGCUCGUCGUCGCGGCGCUCGCGGUCGUUGUGGCGGUCGUCGUGCACCGACGCCACCGGACGUCGGACCGCAGCGGCGACGGCAUGGUCCAGACGCCCGUGUACAUCGUCGACGCGACGCCCGUCUCGAUCAUGUAGCUCACCACUUCAACUUGAAUGCUCCGUAAUCGGGACCCGAGACACAUCCUGCUGCACGGUGAUAGGCCAAAGAAUAAAAAUAGGCUUCGUGGACAGUGUAUUUGUAUGCAUAAUA